AUUCAUCAACAGGUAAAUCCAUACUAACCUAGGUACUGAACUUUCCAAUAUUUAAAUCAAUUUACUUGCCAGGGCCAAUAGCGGGACUUGCCUUUUAAUUUCGACCAAGGACAAUUGACGUAAAAGUAAUUGGGGUCAUGGUCGGUGUUUCUUCGGUAAAUCCUACAAGUCGACCGAUUGCUUGCUCGUAACUUCGUAACCAAACUCAAUACAACUUCCUAACCGACAACCUUCGAUCCGCAUAUUCUACUUCAAAUCCGCCAUCAUGGCUUCUAAAGCAGUUGCCAAAGUUGCCGGAGGCGUAAUGAGCGUCAGCCAGAAACAAACCCUCCAGUCAACCGGCAUAUGGGAGCGCAUCCGGCGCGCCUUCGCCGUCGACCCCGAGCGCUCCAACGGCGUACCACUUAACCCCUACUUCCGCAACCCAACCCCGGGCGGCGUCGAUCCGCUCGCCUACGACGACCCCGUCACCAUCCCCGCCGGCGACAUCGCCGACAACCCGUACUGGAAGCGGGACGCGCGGCGCGCCUACCCGCAGCUGAGCUUCGUCACGCAGGGGGAUGCGGUAGCUUUGCUCAGCGUCGGCAGCGUCGCGGCGCCGAAGCAGGAGCUCGUCGGCGACGCGGGACUGAAGCAGAUUGUGGCGGUCCAGGAGGAGGGCAAGGCGGGGGGCUUGUCGGUGUUCUUUGAGAAGAAUAAAGAUGCGGCGGUCGCGGCGAAGGAGGGGCUGUUUGUGGAUGGCUUGCCGCCGUUGCCGGGCGGGGAGCGCAUGAGGCGGGGCGAUGGGAAGUGGGAGGUUUAUAAGUAUGAGUUGACGGAGGAGAAUACGUAUCCUGAUACUGACGUGUAUCCCUGCCGAACUUUCAAAUAGACGAACGGAUCAAGCUUUACACACGUGCAUAUGAGGCGGCAAAGAGAAUAGAGCAAAAGGCUGCGAGGGCAACUGUAUAUAUAUGAGGAGGGCCAAGCCUAAUACUAUACUUUUUUACGGUUCAUGUUUCAUGG